AAGAGCGUUGCAUCCCUCGCUACCUCUCUGACACACACACACGGUGUGUUUGCUGGGAAGGGCAUAGUGCAGAGGAAAUAACCAGGGAAUAACAUUGUGCUCCUGCCUGUGAAGGAAUUAUUUCCCCCUCUGGAGUUUCCAUUACACAGAUCUCGGAACAACAUCUUAAAGUGAGCCACUGCACCUCUGAGCAAUUUGCGCCGUUCACUGUUCACCAGUGAGGUCAGCGUCAUUACUCGCCCUGCAAACCCCCUUCUUUCCUGCCGUCGCCCGUCAGUCACAUCGACGCCGAAGCGCAUCAAGGAGACCAUGAGCGGCAACUACAGCGUCACCCUUUCGGGCCCUGCCCCCUGGGGCUUCAGGCUGCAAGGAGGAAAGGACUUCAACAUGCCCCUCACUAUCUCCAGGCUGACGGACGGCGGGAAGGCGGCUAAAGGUGGUAUUGCCAUUGGAGACAUGGUUCUUUCCAUUGAUGGCAUCGCCACGGAGGGCAUGAACCACCUGGAGGCCCAGAACAAAAUCAAGAGCUGCACCGGCAACCUCAGCCUCACUCUGCAGAAGGCCUCCAGUGUUCCUAAACCCCCUCCUGUGGCACCAAAGGGCGACAGAUUUGACAUCAUCAAACCAGUUGCCAUCACCCACCCCCCUCCUCCACCCCAUCCUCACCCUCACCCCUCCGCCCACAACAAGGCCUCCAGACCGUACGGGGGCUGCGGGUCGGAGGCCGAACAUUCCCCUUCGCAGUACCCUUUCGCCGCUUUUAUCCCCUCCCCAUCCUCCGCCUUCACGCCCGCCUCCUCCCACACCAGCCCUCCUCCGCCUCCUUCCCCACCUCCCGCCUCUUACCCAUCCUCUGACUCCUCCUCCCCCCCUGUCCUCGUCCCGCCCCAGCCGUCGGUGUAUAACACGCCAAUCAACCUCUACUCCACUGAGAAUGCGUGUGAGGUGGCCAUGGGGCAGAGGCGGGGCCUAAUGGAGAGUCAGGGCGGAGCCGUUCCACCGCAGUUUAAUGGAUCUCCCAGGAGACACGUUGUGGACACAGACAUUCAUUUUUACCAUGUGCCCACUCACGGUGACGCUAGCAGAAAGCGCAUAAUGGAGGACACGGAGGACUGGCGCCCACGCACGGGCACCACCCAGUCCAGGUCCUUUAAGAUUCUGGCCCAGAUAACCGGCACAGAGAAUGUUCCAAAUGAAGAGGCUGAAGACGCCAAGAAGACAAACUGUCUCCCUGCCUCUGAUACGAACAGUGGGGAGGUCAGAUCUCCAGAACGGCGAUCUCCUGACCAAGCAGGCGUUUCAUUCACAACGUUUAGUGGCCUGAAUGAUGAAAAGCCCACAUCUGCCCACUCUGGCCAGUCACCGCCAGCGUGCUCAUCUGCCGAUCGUCACUGGCCAGAGAAAAACGCCGCAGUCCAAAAUCACGUCCUCUUUUCCAAUCCUGACACCCUUGAAAAUACACCAGAACAAGAAAACAACCCGUCAUCCUCAACGCACCUGCGCCUAGCUCCCAUCCCAGGGUCUUAUUCAACUCCCGUUAAUGUGUUUUCUCAAAUUCACCCGUCAUGUAGUGGGAACCAGACAUUUACUCAGAUGCUGGUACCUUUAGCAUUCAGUGGCUCAACCGUAAACCAGAUGCCGCCCUCUCACACCGAUCAGUUUGGCUCUCUAAACGCCCAAAGGCCAAAGACCACUUUUCCUGGUGCAGUGCUCGUGCCGGCCAACGUACCACAUCCUUUGCUGGGGCUGCACCCUUUCAGUGGCCAGGUUCCAGCACCCUGUUUGUUUGUAUGCUCCUCGUGUGGUAGCAAUUCUUUACCAGCUUACCUUCAGGCACUAGAGGCCUCCCCUGAUCCAGACGCAGUUCAUAGGCCACCUGCUUCGGACGUUACUGCUCCAACCAGCAUUCAGCUGCUCACAGCUCAAAGUUCCCCCUUGGCACCACUAGAGGACAGCACAGACCCAGAAAACGUUCAGGCCAGCGGUUGUGUUACUGACCGUAAAAUAAAUAACUCUACUACUGAGUAUAUAACCACAACACAGACUCAGUUAGAUGUUUCAUCUCAACACAGUUCUCCUGUGAGUACUGACCUGUGUCUCAUGACACAGCGUCAUCAUGUACUAUCUACCAAACCAGUCAGCAAAGCGCUUCUAUCAAGCCCUCUGGACUUCCUGCCCAGAGCAGCUCCCUGCACACCUCCACUCACCCCCAGUGCCCCCAGACCAACCACACAACACUCAAGCACUGUGUGCUGUAGUCCAGCACGGGCGAGAAGAACUUACUGUAGCGAUCCUUGGCCUUCUGAGAGAGCAGUGUCUCGGUCCUUAUUGGAUGCCCUGCUCAUCUCUCCUGUCAUUCAAGCUCCAAUACCACUGUUGAAGAAGAAGAAAAAGAAGAAGAAGCUCCGCAGUGUCAGUGAGCUGCACCUGCCAAAAAACAAGAGAGUGUCUUGGCAUCAGUCUGCCACAGAAGAGGGGGGCCUUCACUUAUCCUCUCCUGUCAACGCUAUCUAUGUCUUUAGUGAAGAGAGUGAGGAACCCGAGCUCAACACCCACGAGUCUGCGGUAGUCAAGACAAUGACGAAAGGACCUGCUACAAUUCAGGGUCACCCUGUGCAGACUGGUUUGAUCACCCCAUCUUUCGGUAUGAAGGGCAAUGGCAGUGUCCCGAGGGGUCCUGUUCCAGCCCGACCUGUUCCACAGCCCCACCCUAAAGAUGAAGACACCCUGGUCCAGAUGGCGGAACAUAUCCCUGCUGGGACUCGAACACCAAUGUGUGCCCACUGCAACAUGGUCAUCAGAGGGCCAUUUUUGGUGGCGAUGGGAAAAUCGUGGCAUAAGGAGGAAUUUAACUGUGCCCACUGUCGUGCGUCACUGGCAGAUACAGGCUUUGUGGAAGAACAGGGAUCUGUCCACUGUGAGCACUGCUAUGAAGAGUUCUUCGCUCCAACGUGCAGCCGCUGCCAGACCAAGAUACUGGGGGAGGUGAUAAAUGCCCUCAAACAGACGUGGCACGUCUACUGCUUCCUGUGUGCUUCCUGUCAACAGCCAAUUAGAAACAACACCUUCCACCUGGAGGAUGGAGAGCCAUACUGUGAACAGGACUUCUACAGUUUGUUUGGGACUGGCUGCCAUGGCUGUGAGUUCCCCGUCGAGGCUGGAGACAAAUUUCUGGAAGCCCUUGGAUACACCUGGCAUGACACCUGCUUUGUUUGUGCUGUUUGCUGUACCUCACUUGAGGGCCAGGCCUUCUUCUCCAAGAAAGACAAACCUCUUUGCAAGAAACAUGCUCACUCACUGAAGAUAUGAAUCAUGCCCAUUUUUUAGCUCUACUUUCUCUUUUGGUGGGAUGCAUCUUACUGAAAUAAUAGUUCAUGUGUUGGAGAAGAACUUCAACUACUACUCAUUUCUGCACAGUGGUAGUUUCUCCCUACACAGCCAAAAGUAGUACAACUUUACCAACAAAUGAUGCAAUGAACAUAUACAAACUUAAGGUAUCACCAAAGGUAGAUACAUCACGCCAAGGGGCCUAGUCGAUCUUUCUUAAUUUUUCAUCAUCAUUUUUUGUUCUAUCCUUUUAAAUUGCAGAUCACUCGUUAUCAUUGGAUAGUGGCAGGAAUUUGUAGUUCAUAAUGAGAUAAUUGCAGAGUUAUCUGUGUCAGGCUUAGUUUAUGUUUUGUUUUUGUGUUCUUUUCUGUCCAUUUAUUGUAAACCAAUUUCACACAUAGCUAUUAAAAUGUUUGCAUAAAAGAUUUGCUUAUAGGUGCUUUAUAUACGUUGGGCUGAAUGGCUGGGAUGACGGUUACGGUUGAUGCCUUUGAAUGUACGGAUUAUUUGACAUUUGUAAUUUAAGUACAUUCUAUAUGUUUUAUUUUCUAUUUGCUGAGUCAAACUGGUCACAGAGUCAACAAUGUGACUGCUUUCAAAUCAAAACACGCAUAUGCUUAUAUAACAUCAGGCACUUGAGAAAGACAGACACAGAGAUAACUGCCUGGGUUUUAUGGAGGAAAGAAUUCUCCUUAAAUAAUUCACAAAUAUAUAUAAAUAUAUAACAAUAGUAAAUAAAAUGCACAGCACAAUAUAUCUUUGUAUUGUAUUUCUAUAUUUCACUUUACUGUGUGGACUGGCCUAUCUUGACAACUGCAUAGCACCAGAAGAAAUAUUGUUUCUGUACUCAGUGCUGUGUAGUUUAAUAAUCAUUUUAGUAUUUUUUAUUUAUUUUACUUUAAAUAUUUUUAAAAAAAUAUUUGCAUUAAUUUCAGGUUGGAUUUUAGUCUUCUCGUUAAAGUAAUACCUAUAAAAAUAUGUAGUAUAUUUUUUCUAGCCAUUGCUUAUCCCUUAAUAUGUAUUUAACUAUUUGGGUAACUAGGUUUGUGAUUUUCAAAGACUGGUGUACGGUUUGUGUUUUCCUUUCCACAAAACAUCCCAUCCAUUUAUUCAGUGACAUUGACUUUUUAUAACCGUUGCUGUGAACUGUUAUGUUUUGUUUCCCAAACAACAAUGUGGCAAAAGGGGGGUGAAUAUCGAGUUGAAGUAAGGGUUAAUUCUCACUCAAAAAACAGUUGUAACAUUUAAAUCUGAACUGAGUUGUUUAAAAAAAAAAUAAAAUGAAGAGAAACAUCCUG